CCUCUCCUAUUUCCAUCCACUCUUACUCUCCUUUAUACUCACUCACUCGCAUUACAUUGAUAUUACACACAGACCAAGUUUUUUAUUACACACGGAUCUCUUCUUUGUACCAGAGAUUCACCACCCAAAGAGCAGUCACCACUAACAACACACUGCUCUUGCCAUCAAGAGCCUGCUGCACCUCCUCUCACCACCACGAUGACGACGACGACGGCGACGGUGAUAACUCCAGGACGAUGAUAACCACUCCCCCCGUCAUCCCGUAGGUGUGGCAGCAGGAUACCAUGAGCAAGACCCCUUCGCACCUGGUCUCCGUCCCCGCUGGGAAAGUCUGCUUCUCUCCGCCCUGAAAACAAGAGUGAAAGUUGAUAAACCAAAGACUCACCAACCACGAACCGAAUAGAGUAAUUAUACAAGUAUUUUAUUAAGAAACAGUGCAAGUUUUAGUGUGUGUUUGACAUGGAGUGGGUGGGGUGGUCGAAAAGUGUGGGUGAAAGUGGAUAGGAAAAAAAAUUGACUCGAGGAUCUCAUUUUGCCAGGUUUUUCCCCCAUGACGAUGGACAUCUCGAGUGGUGGAGGCGGACUGCCUCCAUCCGAAGGGGGUGUGGUAGUUAGUAGUGCUGGUGGGAGUGGAAGUGGUGGUGGUGGGGGUAAUAAUGAUUGGGGUUCGUUGGACCACAUCCUGCCCACGCUGGACUUUAUGGGGGCGAGCAGUAUAAGCAGUGGUCAUCAUGGGAGCAGUGGGAGCAGUUCGAGUAAUUCGUCGACAUCUUCGUCAUCCAAGAGGAGGACGGAUCAUCGCUAUGAUUCGAGUGAAAGUUCAGACAGUGGUGUGGCGACGCUGAGUCCUUCUUCGACCACUUCGGGGGACACGGCGCCCUAUUCGCCCUCUGCGGAUUCAUCCUCCUCCUCUUCCGACUGCUCCUCUUCACCCGAUGCACCCUCUCCUCCACGCCUUGUCCCCAUUUUUAAGAAAAAACAACCCCCGUCCCCUUCCUUGCCGACGUCCACGUCCAUCAUGACAGCCGUGUCCGCCGUCUCUGCUGUUCUUGCUGCCGCAGACCACAAGCAGCGUCGACCCUCCGUCUACACGCCAAAUACCUCCUACAGCAAACAACAACAAAGCAAGCCAUCCCCCACGCCACCCUCUUCCUCCUCAACUAGUACAACUACCUCGUCAACUAAGCCAUCUAGUGGUGGUGUCGGUAAGGACUUUCUCGCCGUCGCCCUCUCCUUCCACGCUGCCCAGCAGGAAGAAAAGGCCUCAAAACAACAGCAGCUCAACAAUAACAACAACAACGCUUUAACACUCAACAAAAACGCAGCUCCUCACCUCAGCCCCCAACCGGCAGUUGCCCCCACUCAAGAAGAUCUCAAUAAAUCGGCCGUGCCCACCAAGAAGGCGAGAUUGGAUAGUGGCACUACCAAUACCACGCCAAAACCGCUGAUAAGCCCCACCAGUAAAUCGAGUAGUAGCAAACAACAGACCACCAUGCCGACCACGACCACUCCUGGGAACAACAAGAAAGUGUUCACCAUGACGAUUCCCACCGCACUUCAACAACUUUCCUCCACGCUGAAAAAGGCGAAGCGGAAGUUGGCCGAGGCAGAGAAGGAGGAUGAACCCGACGUGAAAAUAUUGGGGGUGGAAGUCGUCUCCUUAUCGUCGUCUUCCGUUGAAGCCACGGCCGUCCUGGGAGGACGUGUCUGCUCGGUGGCAGAGUCGCUAAAAGUGGCCACGACCAGUGUUUCGAGUAGUAUUCUCAUCCCGGGAGGAGUCGUGCCGAAGGGGGAGAUUGUCGAUAUGUGUCUGUGGAGGGGUUGUUGUGCGGAGGUGGGGUACAAUUUGUUGGAGCAUAUCCAGACGGUGCAUGUCGGGAGUCAAAGCAAGGGCGAAGUGGGGUUCGUCUGCUUGUGGGAAGGGUGCAAAGUGUUUAACCGGAAGUCGUCGUCUCGCUCAUGGCUGGAGCGUCACGUCCUCUACCAUUCUGGCAACAAGCCCUUCAAGUGUAUCUUCCCCGGCUGUGGACAGUCCUUCGGGGUUCAAGGGGCCCUUGAGAGGCACGUCAAUAGUCACAUGGCCUCCAACUGUGGAGGCGCACUCUCACUCGCGGCCGCCAAUCGCAACAAAAUCGACGCCAACAGCCCGUUCAAGGGAGUCGGGAGGAGGAAGAAGCAGCGCUGCAGGAAGCAGAGACUCAAUCUUGGUCAACACGUCGACUACUUUGAUAAGCGUGUCAUGGAGCUGAUAAAACAUCGUCUCGCUUCAUCCAUCAGUUCUCACACGACGUCGGCGCAUCACUGCACUUUUAGGGGACAGGUCCUUGCUAAGCGGAGAGUGGCCGGGGAAGAGGCACAACUGCUCGUUCAGUGGUUUCCAGCCUCAAUAAUUCCCGACGAGUGGGUCCCCCUGAAAGAGUUUCAUCCCGAAAAGACUGUCCCACUCACCUCCCUCCCAAAAGAUAAGCUUCCCCUCGUCUUCCCUUCCCUCUUCCCCACCCAACACAUCGCAACGGACAAAGCACGCCGCAAGUGGUGCCCUUCCUCUUCCUCUUCCCUCGACAACGGUGACGACGACGAGGAAAACGAAGACAGCGAUGAAAAGGUCACAAAAACCACAGCGUCGCUCUUACUCCUACCAGACGAAGAAGUAAAUAGCAGCGUCAAAACGUCCCCUUCUUCUUCCUCCUCCUCGGGUAGCAGUAGUAGUUUAAUUAGCAGCAACAGCAGCACUAGCCAACAAAAGGUCUCUUCAAAACACAAUAAUAAAACAGCAGCAGCAGUUUCGUCUUCAUCGUCAUCAUCUCCAUCCCUCUGUUCGGACGAGGAUGGGGACGAAGAUGGCGACGACUGGGCACUGGACGCCCUCCUGGACAAUUUGUUCCUCACCACGGUGUCCUCUUCCUCGCCUCCGUCGUCGUGACGAUAGAAAGGAUACAAGCUUAAAGUCCUCCUCUCUCCGUGUGUGUGUUCAUGUCAACGUGUCGCCCUCCAGAAACGUGGGGAUGACGUUAAUCCAAAAAUCGAGGAUACAAAAACUGCCCUAAACACAUUUAGAGUAGUAGAACUUGUGACUUUAUUAUUUACGAGGGAUACACACAAUUAUGAUGAUAUUGUGCCAGAACAAGGCUGCCUCUCAGGUUUUACACAGGAACAAUAAUGCAAUUUGAUUUCCUUAUUUAUUAUGGUUGUUAAUUAGGGUAGUAAUUUGAUAAUGAGUAUGAGAGUCAACUCAUCAUCGGCAUCAAUCGCUCCCGUGUCUGUAGAUAUGUAGUAGUCGUACAAAAAAUAGUAGCCGUAGUUGGUUCGUACGUUCGUUAUCGUGUGAUUAGUUUGUCGUCGCGCAGGAGGAGAAGAAUGUUUUUACAACUGUAACUACUUUUACAUAUUCUCGCUCUCUCUCCUCUUUUUCGGAGGGGGCAUAGCAUCGUCGUCGCAUUUAUGUAAUUCCUUCGGCCUGGAGUGGAUAGGUAGACGAGACACAAAACGCAUUAUUUUAUAGGGUAUACAAGAAAUCGAAGGGGCUAUCAUCAUCACAUAUUUACUGGAUAAGUACAUAGUUAGUUAGGCAGGUAGUAAGUGGAUAAGUCUAGGUUUGUGGGGUGUGUUCAGCUUUUCGGGUCGUUUGUUACUUUUUCCGAGUGUUUAAAGUCAGGGUGGCACUUAAAAUGAAAACCCUACAAGCCAAGCCAGUCACUGCCAGACUCUAGUAGGAAAAAACUACUCUGAUUGAAAAAGAAAGGGUUAGUUAGUUAAUUAGUUGAUUAAUUAAUUAAUUAAUUAUUGGAAGAGGCGACAAGUACUAAAAUUAUAAUUAUUGGAUAUUUAACUUGGAAAAAGUCUCUAUGUGUAUUGGGGACGGAAUCAAGACUUGAGUAUUUUUCUGAAAUCAGAGACCUCGCUUAUCUUAUUAAGUCCUCCCCGACCGACGGACGGAUGGACGGACAUAUAAAUUGAUGAUCUAUUUAUAAAUAACCUAACCAUCAGACGUGAUAAGUUGCUAUUACCACUCUAUCUAUGCACUUUUUAAGACUUUAAUUAACUAAUUAUGCCAUAAUUCGUUGAUGGGAAAGUGAGACAAGACAGGUUUUCUCUGGUCGGAAGAAGCAGAAUCGAGACAAAAAGAAAAACUACAAACAGGGUUAUUAUGAAGUAUGCAUUUGCUUAUCUACUCUUCCUUAUCAUAGAUACGUACGAUUCCGAUUUUAUUAUUUAUUUAAUAUGGGUAUCUCAUCAUCAUUAUAUCAUGAUCGUCAUCAGCAUCACUGCCGGCCAAAUUUGUAUAACGGGCUAAUUGUUGUUUUUAUAUAUAGAAAUAUUUAAUUAUUUAAUUUUAUUCCACACACAAAACAAAACCCAACGACGCUUUCAUUACGUUUUAAUUAAUUAAUUUAAUAUUUUUAAACUGUUGAGCAUUAUCUGCAUACUCGUUUUUUUGUAUGAACAACAACAACAUCAACUCACCGUUAAGAAACAACACUUAUUAAUUUUUAUUUAUUUUACAAGACUAAAAUAACAAAAAUUCUUGUUAUUAUUUUAAUCAUUAUUUAUUAUUGAAUAAUAUUUAUUGCUCAUAAUCAUCACCAUCAUUAUAAAAAAAAUGUUCAAUUAAUCGAUUUUGACUCAAUCGACUACUAUCAACAUCGCAGAAAAAAAACAAACAAAUUGGCGUUGACAAAAAACAAAACGAUUUUUAACGAACGUGCAGAUCCAAUCUAAAUGUGUUCAAUCAUGAGCUCUUAUUAAUCUUAGAGAAACUUUUACCUUAUACAUUUUACUUUUAAAAAAUGGGGAAGAUAAAUUCUUGUCUGUUUUAAAAAUUCUUUCAAGUCUUGUGUAUGUACGUAGUACUUUUUUAGUUGGUUGAUGAUGAUAAUUCUCAGAUCCUCGAGGAGUCGUUUACAUUUUUAUACGAAAAAAUAAACCACUAAAUUAUUAAACUCCUUUAACUGAAUGAAACCCUUAAAUUACAAACGAGCAAUUAUUUAUUACUUGUUAUAAUUUAUGUACGUGAUAAAAAAAAAUGUCCGAAAAAACAAUUCCGAUUCAAUCCAAAAAUGAAGAACAAGAAGACUAGAAAAAUCUCGCGAAGAAAAAAACCCAGAAUGAAAAAUAACAAUAACAAAACGUAUGCAAUUACUUGGUAACAAAACUAAUUAAGAAAUUAGAGGAUAAAGAAAUUUUUUAGCUUUAUUAAGAAAAAUCAAUCGGUAUUAAAUACAUAUUUAUUAUUCGAGGCGAAUUAAUUAUACGGAGAGAAAAACCAACCUAAAAUCAUGAAGUUUUGGGUGUUAAAUAAAUUUUUAAAAUUUAACAGACAAAA